AUGCUUGGUCGAUCGCGUCUUUUAAAAGCGAGUAUUCGAUGUUUCUCCGAUCAUCUCACGAAUACUCCAUCAAGUUCUUCACACCCAAAAGUCGUUCUUGCUGGGAUACAACCCACCGGAAGCCCUCAUCUUGGAAACUAUUUCGGUUUCAUUGAACCCUGGCUAGAUAUACAAAAGAAUGAAGCAUCUGACGUGCCCUUAUACUUGAGUAUCGUUGAUCAACAUGCUAUAUCAAUGGGUCCAAUCAUUCCCGCGGAAAAGCUUCGCCUCAACACUCGUAAAAUGGCGGCUUCAUUAAUUGCUUGUGGAAUAGAUCCGAAACGGACAACGCUAUUUCGGCAAAGCGAUGUUCCUGAAAUUUCGCAGAUGAACUGGAUCCUUGGCUCAUUGCAAACACUUGCCCAACUUCAACGUUUACCUCAGUUCAAAGAUAAAUCAACUAAAUUCUCACGUGGGUCGAUUCCAAUCGGAUUACUGAUCUACCCGUUACUUCAAGCUGCCGACGUUUUCACUUUCAAAGGCACUCACGUUCCGGUUGGCGAAGAUCAGUCUCAACAUAUGAAUUUGAUGAAUAACCUUGCCUUUGCCUUUAAUUCCACUUACAAACUGGAAUUUUUUCCUCUUCCGAAACAAAUCACUCGUCAAGCGCACGCCCGGAUACGCAGUUUACGUGACCCGCGGCAGAAAAUGAGCAAAAGCGAUCCUAGUGUUCGUGGGAGAAUUGACGUUGAUGAUUCCGAAGCUGUGGUCAUGGAAAAAUGCAGAAAGGCUAUGUCGGAUACAAUAACGACUGUCUCAUAUGAUAAAUCAAAUCGACCAGCCAUCAGCAACAUGAUUGAGAUAUUAGCGGCCACAACUCGUCGUUCGUUAGAUGAAACUAUUUCCUUGAGUAGCACUUGGACUCACACAGAACUAAAGGACAACUUAACAACUGCGAUUAAUCGACUACUUGGACCGAUCAGAGAAAGAUUAAACUAUUAUGAGCAACGUCCACAAGAGCUUGAGGAGAUCCUAGCCGAAAAUGGCGUAAGAGCUCGAAUGGCUGCCAAGAAAGUACUGUUGGAGACAAGAGAAUUGGUCGGAUUAUGC